UGAUAUGCGAAUGGUAGUGGCCAUUAGACGAUUAUGUCGGACCUAGAGUCCGAUCACACAUCAGAUAAAGAGGAACACAAGCGUCUGGCCAGUUUUGUAAAGGGUGUGCAUGCCGAUCUGCGAAAGAAAUUCAAGUCGAAUCAUGGGGAUUACGAGAAAAUCUGGAAUGACCACUGUCAGAACAAGGACCUCCUUAUCACAUAUGCAGACUGCAUGCACCACCUGGCCACCGAACACUGGACAAAGAAAUCGAAGACGCGGAUUGACUGGUGUCGGGAGACUGCCCUGGAAUUCUUCCACAGGGGAGGGCUGAAACUGGCGCUGGAGAAAGAUGAGAGAAAACGACGAUACCAGGAGCUGAAAGCCAGGCAGGGACAUAUUUCUGAGGAAGAUUCAACACCUAUUGAAUCGAGUACUGAGGAGUCCUGUGGAAUCUUGACCAGCUCCCAGGAAUCUAAUGGGAAUGUCUCCAGUAUCUCUGACUGUGCUGGAAAUACCACGAGCGAGUCUGGAGCGGUGCAGCACCAGCCACAGGAACACAAUCAGGUCUUGAAAUGUGACGAACAGUACCAGACUGUGACCAGUGUUUCGGAUUCAACUGGAAUCACUAGUGUUACGGAAUCUAGCAGGAAGAUGGCCAGUUCUCAGGGGUCAUUUGGCAUCACAUCGAGCACAGACGGGUCGAAUGGAGUCCUGUCCAGUCCAGAAGAGACAAACGGGACACACGCCGGGUCCAGCACACCCGACAUCAUCGUAUCCCAUCCUGAGGAUGCUGUAGGUCAUGGGAUGAUGGCAUCGAUAGCGUGUGCUCCGGAGAGCAGGAAUCUCACCUGUAGCAGUACCAUAACUUUACCAUUCGAAGGGAAAAUCCGGCUGCUGGAUGUCGGCAGUUGUUACAAUCCAUUCCUACAAUUCCCAGAAUUCCUUGCUGUAGGGAUAGACAUCAGUCCUGCAAAACCGAGUGUCUACCGCUGCGACUUCCUGCACCUGGAGACUGUCAAACCACUGCAGGUUGCCUCGGACACUCUGACCACGUAUGUGAACAACCUGCGCGACCCGAUCGAGAAACUGCCGCGUGACAUCUUCCACAUGGUGGUGUUCAGCCUGCUGCUCGAGUACUUCCCGUCGGCCUACCAGCGCUGGCUGUGCUGUCAGAAGGCCCACAGUCUGCUCACCAUCAACGGGUUGCUCCUCAUCAUCACCCCUGACUCCAAGACGCAGCACAAGAACGCCGGCAUGAUCAAGAGCUGGCGUGUGGCCAUCGAGUCGAUGGGCUUCGUGCGGUGGAGGUACGUCAAGCAGGAGCAUCUCCACUGUAUGGCGUUCCGCAAGGUGGCGAAACCCGAGAGCGAUAACUGCCUGGUGAACGACGUGUCGCCCGACAUGCUCUACAUUCCACAGGACUUCAACGAUCUCGGGCACGACGACGCAAUACUGAGUCACUACUCCCCCUUCACCGCAGAAGACGAAGAUUACUUUCGGUCAACGAUGUCCGAGUUACCUGCCCUUGGCUCUGAAGAUGACUGUGAUGAUUCGCUUUGAUCUGAUAGAUUUAGACUUUAUCUAUGUAUGUAUAUAUGUGUGUAUGUAUGUGUAUUUGCUGUAUUGUGAUAUGACAAAUACAGGCCUUGUACAUUGUGAAUGGUACAAGCUGUUGUAGCUUGGUCAAUGGAAUGGAAGAAAUGUAUUUGGGAGUUUCGGUCGACCUCAGUUUUUGUUGAAAUGAAUAUUGGAGCAUCAUCUAAAUUAAACCAACUGUAAUCUAAUGUCUAAAUCAGCCAAACAAAGAGAGAAAAAGUCUGUGUCAGCUAGAUAUGCUACACAACGAAUAAUGGAUCAUUUUAUCUUUCACAAUCAACUAGUGAGGAGCCAAUUUCACAAAACAUUGUGUGCCAGAUUUACAAAACCUAUUUUUAACUUACACAUGGGUAACUACAUACAUCUACACCUGCUUUUAAGAAAAUCAGGCGUCGUAAAUUCAGUCCUGUAAGUCUAGUUUUAUACCUAAAUUUGUAAAUAUUUGACUGAAAGACAGUUAAUUACAAA